AUGUAUCUGUACGAAGCAUAUCGACCGGAUCAUGUUCCCGUGUCCAGCGAAUCAGAAUGCAUGAAAUUAGCUGGGAUACAAGUCCGUCCAAAUCCUGGAGGUGUAGAGACAGUAGCUGAAUUGCGGCUCCGCAAUGCCGUUAUUCAGACCCAGAUGCAUUCCUGGAGACUGAGAAAUCGGCGAAACAUCCGCAUAUAG